CACUCGGCGCGGCCACGUUUUCCUCAGGCCCCCCUCGCGCGCGGGCGCCAAGGCUAUCCCCUCUUCUGUUCGCCACGAACCUUCCGUUCUCUUGCCUCUUGGCCUCUAUAAAACCGGCUUCGCAACCACCAAGGACGACCCAUCCAUCGAUCAGUCACGGCUCGUGCGUGCGUAGACCACCAAGGACAACGAUCGAUUGAUCCUCUCGAUCGCCUCACCCUCUUCGUGAAUCAACAAUGGCAGCGAUGCCGACGGACAGCAUCACCCGCCGCUUCGCCGUCGCGUGCGGCGUGCUCAGCCAGUACGUCAGGACCGCCGCGGUGCCGGCGCCCUUCGUGGCGCCGGGAGCUGCCCAAGAGAGCAACGCCAACGCGCAGCAGCUGACCAUCUUCUACGGUGGGAGGGUGGUGGUGAUCGAGAGCUGCCCGCCGGAGAAGGCGGCCGAGCUGUUCCGGAUCGCCGCGGCCGCGCAGGGGGCGCCGGCGGAGCCGGCGGUGGUGGACAUGCCGAUCGCCAGGAAGGCGUCGCUGCGUCGUUUCCUCGCCAAGCGCAAGGACCGGGCCACCGGCGCGGUGGGGGCGCCAUACGACCGUAAGGUCGAGGAUCCGGCGCCGGAGCCGACGGCGAAGAAGGGCAAGCACGAGGAGGCUUCUUCUUGGCUCGCGCUGGGCAGCUUGGGAGCCAUGCACGGGCGUUGAUCGCCGGCUCCGCCGUCGCGCUGUGAGUUGACGAGCUCGAUCAUCUCCAUCUGGUUUACGUACGUGGUUGACACUGACCCGGCCAGUGGAGGCGUUCAGUAAUUUACUUACGGUUGUGUUAUUAACAACGACAAGUACUAUUAGCAAUUAAUUUAAUAUGGCACGCGUGCUCCGUGCAGAGGCACAAGAGCAGCAACGGUAGUAUUCAUUUGUACCGUUCGAGGUGUGUAAUCUAACACAACGUAUGAACAAGCAACAUGUUCACUAGCACGAAUCGUUCCUUAAUUUCAUUGUUCGUUUCAUAUGCAUGUGCCGUUUAAUUUGUCGUGUAAAACUCCUGUACUAUGAAUAAAUAAACAUAUGAUUUGGUUAAA